CGAGUUCUUUGCAGCCAAGUGCGGAGAUUUCAACCUCAGUCGAGGUUCCGCGAGUCCAGAGCACAUGAGUCCGGCUGAACGUGAGCGUUUGCCGAGCAAAUCGGCUUUAAGAUGGGAGCACACUUGUCAUCAGUUAUCCUCGCUCAGUGCAUGGAGAGUCUGGCAUGAGCGUCGCCGCAUCGCUGAACAGGCGAGAAAUUCUGGCAUGUUUGACAGUCCUCACAUAGAGAGAGACGAGGCACCACAUCCGCAAGCCACCAGCCUCGUGCUGAAGCGCCUUCCACCGCGGUGCUCGACGAGUGUUUUGUUGGAAGUGUUGGACAUCAUCGCUGCCAGGUACGAUUACGUUCACCUGCCGCUGGACCACCGCACCAACAAAAACAUGUCGAUGGCUUUCGUGAACUUUGUUGACCACGAGGAGGCAUGCGUCGCGUUUCGGCGUCUGUCGCGGCCGAACGAUUUUCCGGAUGCCUUCGCUCCGAGUACCAAAGCCGUCUGGGGCGCGAUCCACGGUUUGGGGCCAAACUUGGCUCACUUCGUGACCCGUUAUGGGCCUGCUGCGCUGGAUCCACCAUGCGCACCGCUGGUUUUUCUGAACUGUCGGUGUGUUCCACGAACGCAGACGUUAUUGCGGGAAUUCGUCACUACGGAGAUGCUUGAAGCGGCGACGGCUUACCUUCAAUCCCAAAAUUCUACGGUCUCUCCUUUGGGUACUGUCAGUCGAGGUGAAGCGCGGGCUUCGUCCGGAAGCGGCAGGUCGGAAAUGGCCUUUCUGAGAUUGCUGCGGAGCUCGCUGACAUUCCAAGUUAUUCACGAGACGGGCAUGUGGUGUAUCAGCUCUGAGCGUAUGUUCGUCGAACUUGGAGCCCAGAUCCAGAUUGGAUGGGGGCCAAGAUGUGAGGCACCUGAUUUGCUCCAGCCAGAGCUUGACCUGCACCGCAUGGCAGUCGCAUUUUGGACAACCCGCUCGUGCGACGGGAGGCUGUGGGUAAGUUCGCAGAUCGAGUUUGCACGUGAUGCUGAGGUGGUCCAAGCAGCAGUUCGGCAAGACGGUCAUGCGUUGCAAUACGCAAGCACAGAGCUGCGGGAUGACAGAGAUGUUGUCCUUGAAGCAGUUCGCCAGGAUGGCCAUGCCUUGGUCUUUGCAUCGCCUGCAAUGAAGGCACGGAAGGAUGUUGUUGUGGAAGCGGUUCGACAGGAUGGCCAUGCCAUGGUCUUUGCAGAUCCUGCUCUCAGGGCCGACAAGGACGUUGUUCUGGAGGCUGUCCAGCAGGAUGGGUACACGCUCAGUUAUGCAUCCAUGGAGCUGAGAGCUGAUCGCGAAGUCGUGACCCAGGCCGUUGGGAGCACUGGCUAUGCCUUGCUUUUUGCACACGACAAGUAUCGGAACGACAAGGCUGUGGUUUUUGAAGCUGUCCAGAGCAACUGGCAAGCUCUGGGCUAUGCUUCAACUGAGCUGAGGAAGGACAAGGAGAUCGUGCUUGCAGCAGUUGCCACAAACAGGCAUGCGCUGGCCAUGAUCAGCGAGGAGCUUUUGCGAGAUCCCGAUGUCGUGAAAGAGGCUCUGAGAGCAGAUGGCCACGCGCUGGUCUACCUCAGCGAGGCGCAGCGCGCGCAGAAGGACGUGGUCACAGCAGCCGUCAAACAGGACGGACAUGCUGUGUCGUAUGCAUCAGAUGCGAUGCAGCGAGACACAGACAUUGCGCUACAGGCCGUUGCUGAGGAUGGCAUCACUCUGGGUUUGCUGCCCGACGAGGUCCGUGCCAACAAAAUGGUUGCACUUCGUGCGGUGGAGAGCAAUGUCAAGGCCUUCCAAAACGUGGCCGAGGAUCUGAAGGGCGAUCCCGACGUCAGGGAGGCGGCGCUCGCUUCUGAGCGCUACGCCUUGCUCAAUGCAGUGAAGGUCGAUGGUUACGCACUUCGAUCAGCUUCACAGCACAUGAGAGCGGAUCGGGAGAUUGUCCUGGCCGCAGUGAAACAGAAUGGCAAGGUCCUCGUUUUUGCACCGGAAGAGCUUCGCAAAGACAGAGAGGUGGUUCUGACAGCUGUGCGGCAAAAUGGCAAGGCCCUUGUGUUUGCGCAUGACUGCCUGAAGAGCGAUAAGGAGGUGGUAAUGGAAGCGGUUGCUGAAGGCGGCCACGUUGCGCUGUGGCACGCGUCAGAGGAGCUGCAGAAGGACAAAGAGAUUCUGCUGGCUGUGAAGUGA